AUGGUGAUUCUUCCCUCUCCUUCACUUUGUUCAUCACUCGAAAAAGUUCAACUGAUGGUUUUGUCAGCUUUGGAAUCCGAUGUUUCAAUCCAUUCAACUUUAGCUUCUCCUUACGUCCGCAAUUCUCUCCCACGAUUCGAGAUGCCUGAGAACUCGAUCCCAAAGGAAGAAGCGUACCAAAUCAUCAACAACGAGCUAAAGCUCGACGGUAACCCAAGGCUAAACCUAGCUACCUUCGUGACCACAUGGAUGGAGCCAGAGUGCGACAAGCUCAUGAUGGAGUCAGUCAACAAGAACUACGUUGAAAUGGACGGGUACCCGGUCACCACCGAGCUUCAUAACCGAUGUGUCAACAUGAUCGCGCGUCUCUUUAACGCGCCACUCGGUGACGGCGAGGCCGCCGUUGGUGCCGGCACCGUGGGUUCUUCGGAGGCGAUUAUGUUGGCCGGCCUGGCUUUUAAGAGAAAGUGGCAGAACAAGCGAUUAGAGAAAAUGGGACGUUUUAACAUCGUUUCAAAAGAAAACGGCGUUCCAUUAGUCGCCCUUUCUCUGAAGGACAAUAGCCGUCACAGCGAAUUUGAAGUGGCGGAAAUGCUCCGACGUUUCGGAUGGAUCGUUCCGGCUUACACGAUGCCGGCGGAUGCUGAACACAUCACUGUUCUCCGAGUUGUGAUUCGAGAAAAUUUCUCUCGUACCUUAGCCGAGAGAUUUGUUGCUGAUUUCGGGAAAGUUCUUCAUGAGCUCGAUAUGCUUCCGGCUAGGGUUCACGCCAAGAUGCCAAACGGAAAAGUUAACGAUGUUAAGAAGACGGAAGAGGACACGACUAGGGAAGUUACCGCGUAUUGGAAGAAGUUUAUGGUUUUGUCAGCUUUGGAAUCCGAUGUUUCAAUCCAUUCAACUUUAGCUUCUCCUUACGUCCGCAACUCUCUCCCACGAUUCGAGAUGCCUGAGAACUCGAUCCCAAAGGAAGAAGCGUACCAAAUCAUCAACAACGAGCUAAAGCUCGACGGUAACCCAAGGCUAAACCUAGCCACCUUCACGACCACAUGGAUGGAGCCAGAGUGCGACAAGCUCAUGAUGGAGUCUGCCAACAAGAACUACGUGGACAUGGACGGGUACCCUGUCACCACCGAGAUUCAUAACCGAUGCGUCAACAUGAUCGCGCGUCUCUUUAACGCGCCACUCGGUGACGGCGAAGCUGCCGUUGGUGUCGGCACCGUGGGUUCGUCGGAAGCGAUUAUGUUGGCUGGCUUGGCUUUUAAGAGUAAGUGGCAGAACAAGCGUAAGGCUCAAGGACUUCCUUAUGAUAAGCCCAAUAUCGUAACCGGAGCCAAUGUUCAGGUUUGCUGGAAGAAAUUCGCAAGAUACUUCGAGGUGGAGCUUAAGGAAGUGAAACUGAGAGAAGGAUAUUACGUGAUUAAUCCUGAAAAGGCAGUUGAAAUGGUAGAUGAAAACACGAUCUGUGUCGCGGCUAUCCUCGGUUCGACGCUUGCCGGAGAAUUCGAAGACGUUAAGCUACUCAACGACCUUUUAGUCCAGAAAAACAUGCAAACCGGAUGGGAUACGCCAAUGCACGUGGAUGCAGCGAGUGGUGGGUUUAUUGCACCGUUCUUGUAUCCGGAGCUGGAGUGGGAUUUCCGGCUACCGUUGGUUAAGAGCAUAAAUGUGAGUGGUCACAAAUACGGUUUGGUUUACGCUGGAAUCGGUUGGGUUGUGUGGAGAACCAAAUCCGAUUUGCCUGAUGAAAAUAUCUUCCAUAUCAACUAUCUUGGCGCUGAUCAACCCACCUUCACUCUCAACUUCUCCAAAGGUUCAAGCCAAGUGAUUGCUCAGUACUACCAACUGAUUCGUCUUGGAUUUGAGGGAUAUCGCAAUGUGAUAAAUAAUUGCCGCGAAAAUAUGAUGGUGUUAAGAGAAGGAUUAGCAAAAACGGGAUGUUUUAACAUCGUUUCAAAAGAAAACGGCGUUCCGUUAGUAGCAUUUUCAUUGAAGGACAAUAGCCGUUACAGCGAGUCUAAAGUGGCGGAAAUGAUCCGUCGCUUUGGAUGGAUUGUUCCGGCCUACACGAUGCCUGCAGAUGCUGAACACAUCACUGUUCUACGAGUCGUGAUUCGAGAUGAUUUCUCUCGUGCCUUAGCCGAGAGAUUGGUCGCAGACUUUAAGAAGGUUCUUCACGAGCUUGAUAUGCUUCCGACCAAGAUUCACGUCGAGAUGGCUAAUGGAAAUGAGGCAAAGAAGAUGAGCACUGAAAAGUCAUGGUUCCUUACUUCCUUUCACGUUUCACGUUGCUCAUCGUUUUCUGGCACCACAUAUUUUCAAACUACAAACAAAAAUUAUUACAAAUUCUUCCUACUCAAUCUCUUUGUUCAUUUCAAACCCUCAAAUCAAAGUUCGACAAAGUUCCAAAUGGCUUUGUCUAAGACAGCUUCGGAAACCGAUGUUUCAAUCCAUUCAACUUUUGCUUCUCGUUACGUCCGCAACACUCUCCCACGAUUCGAGAUGCCUCGAAACUCGAUCCCAAAGGAAGCAGCUUACCAAAACAUAAACGACGAGCUAAUGCUCGACGGUAACCCAAGGCUAAACCUAGCCUCCUUCGUGACCACAUGGAUGGAGCCAAAAUGCGAUAAGCUCAUGAUGGAGUCAGUCAACAAGAACUACGUCGACAUGGACGAGUACCCUGUCACCACCGAGCUUCAUAACCGAUGCGUCAACAUGAUCGCGCGUCUUUUUAACGCUCCACUCGGUGAUGACGAAGCCGCCGUUGGUGCCGGCACGGUGGGUUCGUCGGAGGCGAUUAUGUUGGCCGGCUUAGCUUUUAAGAGAAAGUGGCAGAAUAAGCGUAAGGCCCAAGGGCUUCUUUAUGACAAGCCCAAUAUUGUAACCGGGGCCAAUGUUCAGGUUUGCUGGGAGAAAUUCGCAAGAUAUUUCGAGGUGGAGCUUAAGAAAGUGAAGCUAAGAGAAGGAUAUUACGUGGUCGAUCCUGAAAAGGCGGUUGAAAUGGUAGACGAAAACACGAUCUUUGUCGCAGCUAUCCUCGGUUCAACAUUAACCGGAGAAUUCGAAGACGUUAAGCUCCUUAACGACCUCUUAGUCGAUAAAAACAAGCAAACCGGAUGGGAUACGCCAAUCCACGUGGAUGCAGCGAGUGGUGGGUUUAUUGCACCGUUCUUGUAUCCAGAGUUGGAGUGGGAUUUCCGGUUACCGUUGGUUAAAAGCAUAAAUGUGAGUGGUCACAAAUACGGUUUGGUUUAUGCUGGAAUCGGUUGGGUUGUGUGGAGAACCAAAUUCGAUUUACCUGAUGAACUUAUCUUUCAUAUCAAUUAUCUUGGCGCUGAUCAACCCACCUUCACUCUCAACUUCUCCAAAGGUUCAAGUCAAGUGAUUGCUCAGUACUACCAGCUGAUUCGUCUUGGAUUUGAGGGAUAUCGCAACGUAAUAAAUAAUUGCCGCGAAAAUAUGAUGGUAUUAAAAGAAGGAUUAGAAAAAACGGGAUGUUUUAACAUGGUUUCAAAAGAAAACGGCGUUCCGUUAGUAGCAUUUUCUCUAAACGAAAAUAGCCGUCACGAUGAGUUUGAAGUGGUGAAAACGUUACGCCGGUUCGGAUGGAUUGUUCCGGCUUAUACAAUGCCCGCCGAUGCUGAACACAUCACCGUUAUCCGAGUCGUGAUUCGAAAUGAUUUCUCUCGUACCUUAGCUGAGAGAUUGGUCGCAGACUUUGAGAAAGUUCUUCACGAGUUUAAUAUGCUUCCGGCGAAGAUUCACGUCAAAAUGGCUAACGGAGAAGUUAACGGCGUUAAGAAGACCGAAAAGGAGACA